CGUCCAUUCUCCAACACCAGCCGCGUGUGAUGGAGAGGGCAAGAAGGUCAUUUCGUUCGGAUCUUCUCGAAAUUAGCAAACACACCUGAUUCCGCAUCGCUUCCGUAGCGGAGAGCAGUUUUGUCAAUCAGCACUCGUGGACAUGGCGGGCGCUGCAGUCCGUGCCGCAACGGUUACAUCCUCCAGUGACAGCGACUUGCCUAAUAUGAGGACAAGCACUAGUAGCAGCGUGGACACCGAACCGCCGCCAUCUCAAGUUCAUUUCAGCGAUUCCAAGUGGAGGCAUACUAGUAGUACAGAGGUCAGGCCGUCAAACUCGCAGAGGAUGGACUCUCCUCAAUCUCAUUCGGAAAGAAGCGAGCUCCCAGGCCCGCCAGAUCAUAGGUUGGCGCAUAUAAGCACCUUCGUAAUACACGUCAAGCUCUACUACCAAGGCGCUGUGCGUGGAAUGCCAAUCAGAUCGGACCUCUCCUGGGAGGAUUUCCAUACAGCGGUCCUUGCGAAGUUCGGACAUCCGCCCACUGGAUUGCGCAUGCAGUUCGAGGACGAGGAUAAUGAACGGGUUGAUCUGCAAGAUCUGACGGACUAUGAGCUUGCCAUCUCGAUGGCUCAUGCAAAUAUUCCACAGGGCAGGAAAGAAGGGAAAUUGAAGAUAUGGUGUACCGACGAGCACCAUUGAUCACGGCGUCCUGCACCGUCAUUGCCACCACCACGAACGAGGCAUCGCCUCGUCAAGAUGGACCGACGUACAAAAUUGUAGCAAAAGGCUUCAAAGUCUCUCCCGUUGAGUAUGUCAUUGUACACUUUCCGAAGGCUGCAGAAUUAGACCCUGCUACCGCUUGUAACAUAUAAAAGCGAUCUAGGACAAACCAAUGCAUACACCGAAAAAACCUACGCCCAGGGUUUCGAUGGCCAAUGUUCUAGUCUUCCCGUCUUCGAUGCUCAUCUCCUUCAGGCCCGACAGCACAAACUUUUCACCAUCACCGGAAGCGGUCCACACAUGAACGUAGCCACACCAACACUGGC